AUGGCGGCGACUGCUUCAACGUCGGGUAAUCCGACUUCUCCACUUAGUAUUGCUACUCCUUCGAGUGCCGAGUACCCUGUUCGCGGUCAUAAGCCGUCUACGACAUCGUCUCUGUCUCCCCUCUCUCCCUCUACUGGCGGCCAACCCCAUGUGCCCACUACCCCUCUGUCUACGCUCUACCUAGUCAGCGGUCUCCCCAAGUCACCCCAUACUUGGACUCUGGCGGACACCGACUCAGUCGCCGGCCUUCACCAUGUCGAAGGUGCUGUUGGACGCUGGUGGCGAGCCGAGGUCCUUGGCUCUAGCGUAAGCCCCGGAGUUGGUCGCUCCCGCAAAAAGUCGAGAAAAUCCAAAGAAACAGACAGUAAUGUGAUUCCAGACGGCCCCAAGAGCACUCGGGGCUCGGGUACGCUCAGCAAGACAGACCUUGGUCGCAUGCUUUCCAAGGCACUCAAGUUGUCUUUCCCUCGCGAGGUUGAAAUUAUUGCCGCGACGCUCCAACCUGCCAGCACAACCCACACAUUUACAUUCCAGAUUCCGGCCGGUGCCUCGGCAGGGGUUGCUCAAUCUCAUUCCUCUCAGACGGCCCAUUUGCCUGGUCUUCGCACGAGUGUCAUGUCCUCUAGCACCACAGCGACGUACAACCACCCGUAUGUUGACCCGACCUUGCCUCGUCCUUCAAGUACAUAUCUUGGUCCUCCUUCAAGCACACACUUGCCUCCGAACAGCUCCCCAACUGCUUCAACCGAUCCCAGUGCAGACCGAGGCCUCGUCACAUAUCACGGUGUCUGCCUGACUGUUUGGUCACACGCUGACGAGGAGCGCUCCCUGGCUAUUCGUCGCGCUCUGGAAUCCGUUGCCCGCUCUCGUCGCGGCUCAGGAGCUUCGACGGGCACUGCUACCCCCGCUACUCCCCGUCGUCCCAAAGCAACCAAUACUAGCAGCCCUGGCAUCCCAUGGAGUGAUGCCGAAGAAAGCGAGAUUGAUGCUUUCAGUAUGAGCGAAAGCGACGCUGAGGUCAUGAAUCCCAACGGCGUUGGCAUGGGUGCCUCGAAUCUGUUUUUGCCCCAGAACACGGUCUUCUGGCUUCCAUAUGCCCUGACCCUCGUAUCAAGGCACCCUAUCUAUGACCUGAUGCGUGACUAUCUUACUCUUAGCUGGGCACGGUUCAGCAAGGAUGUUCAAUCACAUACCCUCCAAAUCGCGAAGAUUCUGGAGUUCCCUGCGCCUCGUGCUGGUGAUGUAAUCAAGUUGGAUGCGUCUCCCGCCAACGAGACCGAAACAUUGGAGGUCGUUUGCCGAUUCCCUGGCGGUUUGGACUUUGGGAAAGGACUUGUCGAUGUCAACUUCACAAUGUGGCCCCUCUUCCGUUGCUUGAACCUUGAUAAUAUUUUGACAAUUUGCGAGAUUGCUCUCUCUCCUACUGGGAGAAUCCUGUUCCUAUCUCGUCACCCAGCCAUGCUCGGAAUUGCUGUCUCAACAAUUCGUUACCUCGUGGAGAUGCGCGGGUGGAGCGGAAUAUCUCUUCCUGUCGUCCAUGCCCGCGAUGCUCGAAUCUACCUUGAGGACCCCGGCCCAUGGCUGAUGGGCCUGAGCACUGAAGCACGCUACGUCUCUCGCACAGCUCCCGAAGUGUGCAUUGUUGAUUUGGAUAUCAAUUAUGUCAACUGCGCCUCGCCCCCACCGGGAGCAGUUUCGACAAAACAAAACCGAGACAAACUUCGAAAGAUUCUACUGGGCGCGUUUGACCAGUUCUAUCACCCCGACAAUACCAUCCCUCCCGAAUUCAAAGAAGCCUUCCCUGCAGGCCGGUUCCGCCCGUUGUGCAAGAUUCAGACCAAGCGCGGAAGCUCUACUGCCGUCGUCGCAGAAAGUAUCAAGGCCCCCGAGUGGUGGCAUCAGACCAAGGUCCUUCAAGCUUUCGAUGCAGUUCUCAAGGAUCGUGGUCGUAAACCUUCACUUCUCAAACGCCUGACACUCAUAGGUGCUGGACGUCGCCAGUCUCAGCUCUCAGCCGCCGAGCAGCUCAUUCAACGCUCGAUUCGGAAGCGUGCUACUGCAUUUGUGGACGCUCGUGAUGACCUCGAGACCAAGAUUGGUCGCUUGAGCCGUCGCUUGAACUUCUUGAUGACCGAGAGUGAGCUUUGGAGGGAGAAGUUUGUUGCAUUCGAGAGUUAUGCCGAGAAGUUGAGUGCCGAGGCUACCGAGUUGAGGCAGAAGGUCGGAAAGGAGCAACGGGAGAGCCGCAGGUUGAGUGGUUUGGUUAGCGUUGGUGCGCAGGAAAAGGAAAAACUAUCUCAAAUGCUCCUUGCCAAGGAAAACGAACACCGUGCUGCUUUGCUCGAGCUUGAGUCAAUGCGUCAAAACAUGGACGAGAUGGAAAAAGAACGUGCACACAUGGUCGCCGAAGUUGAAGCUCAGAUUGAACGUGCGCUCGCCUCGAUGGCAUUCAGCGAUGGAGACAACUACUCGGACUACACCCACUCUCGCCCUGGAUCAGCUAUGAGCCAAGUUAGCCAGAACUCUCGUAUUGGUGGGCACUCGGCUAUCGGAGUUGGAGCCCCUAGCAUUGGUGGCUUGAGUGGCAUCGACGGACGUUCGCUGAGGCACGUCGAAUCCGGCCCUAGAUUGCGCCAGGGGUCAUCAUCACGAUCUGCAAGCGGCUCUAUCUCAAUGCAGAGUGCCUCUGAGUCUUUUGAUGGUAGCAUCCGUCGAUUGAGGAGCAUGGCUACCACGACUACUUUGGCCGACGAUGCAUCUGACGAAGCCACCCGCGUCGGAAUUGACCUGAGCGCUCAUAUCAAGGGCGAACUGGGCGAUCCUAUCAAGCCCGGAAUGAUUCAUGAUGACGACUCGGUUAUCCAGGUUAGACGGUUCUCCGUCACCGAGGAGGAUGGCGUGAAUACUAUGGGUGCUGUGGACUUGGGGAUUUCCGAGCGAAGCGAUGUUGUUGCAUUGAAGGUUCAACAGAUUCAACAAAAGCUUGAGAAUGCUUUGGCCGACCAUCGCUCCCGUCGUAGCCACUCGAUCACUAGUGGGAGUGCGAGUGAGGCUGACUCGAUUCAACGUGUGUUGAGCGAAGCCGAGUCCACUGGCCGCCGCGGACUGAGUGAAGCCGAGUCUACCACCAGCUCAAAUCGCCGUACUCGCACUCCUCGCGGUUCAAGCCGUCUUUCGGGACGCCAUCGUUCUCGCUCAUCGGCCUCACUUCGUGCAGCUCGUGAAGCCCUAUUGGCUGCCAAAGAGGCUGUACCCCCUGUUCCCAGGAGCCCCGUCGGCACUAAGACUCCCAUUGGCGCUCCCUCGGGUUCAGAUAGGACCACCCCGACCGGAAAUGAGAACAGGGGCGUCCGCAAGGCUACUUCUCGCGUUGGGAUGACCACUCCCGAAUCCUCGUCUUCCGAGUCGGGUAAAGUCCCCACGGUUUCCGUUGAGUCAGCUCCCGUUACCAAGCCCACCGUCUACCUGCCCGAAUUCGGCAAACACUCGCGUGAUGACAUGCUUCCCACUCCCUCGACCAUUGGGCGUAGUGGUGCCGACGACUCGGACGAUUCGUAUUUGAGUGCAGUAUCGGAGAGCAUGCGUGGUGACGAGAGUUGGAGCAGGGCUACUGGACGCCGUAUCCUUGAUGACCCUGGUCAUCAUGAGCCAGUUAAGGGCAGCUCUCGCACCCGUCGUAAUCGAGCCGGAUCGUCUUCUACCACUCGUGGACAAUACGGCGAUCUCCCUUCGCCCACUAUCAGCGAGUCGACUGCCGUUGGAAGCGCCCGCGCCGUCUAA